CCGAGCUGGGCGAAUACUUCCUGCUACCCUCGGAGAGAUCGCUAUCGGAGUGACAGAUGGAAGGUCUGCGGAGGUCAAGACAUCGCAAAAGAUGGAAAUGUCUGGGUCAUGCGCUUAUUAAGUCGUCCAGUUGUGCGCUGAUCUCAAAGCUUGGGGCGGAAUGAACAUCAUCCUAAUCUCCUCAUUGCUGGGUGUAGCGGCACUCGUACUCCUCGUUGCAGCUUCUAAAGUCCCGAGGACAUCAUUCAGCAGCAUCAAUCAAACUUCCAACCCAGAUGACUCGCGAGUCAGCGUGACCGUGUGGCCGCCGGGGACGAAGGUCUUCCUCGGGGAGUGUGUGCUGCUGCGAUGUACGGUGGAGUCCAACUCCACUUUGGCGUGGACUUACCGCUGGUUCAGAAAUGAGCCUCGCCCCACCCGGACGGGGAAGGACCCCCGGCAUCUGCUUUCCGGGGGUAGCUACUCCAUCACCGCCGUGGCGAGGGAGGACGCCGGCAGGUACUGGUGCCAGGCCGAGUGUUCCGAUACUAACACCACCAAGGAGCUCCUAAGCGGUCCGGUUUCACUGAGUGUGUCAGAGUUGCCCCCACCCUCACUGACUCUGACCCCCAGCUCCAGGCACAUGUUCGCAGGCGAGACCUUUACCUUGCACUGUCCCGAGACUCUGACCAACUCCACAGCUUGGCUCCUGAGGCAAACUUCAACCAGCCACUUCAUAAGAACCGCAGACUCCAAGACCGGUGCAUGCUUCUCACCAGGCAGUGUAGUCAACCCAGGCAGAUCCAGCACCUGUUUGGUCUCGACUACGAAGGGCCAAAGUGGGCUGUACUGGUGCGAAGGCGCCGAAGGCCGCAGCAAUGCCGUUCACAUCACCGUCACCUCCGGUCCGGUCAUCAUGAGGACCCCCGCCUUCUCCGUACCACAAGGGGGUAGCGUGGUCUUAGCAUGUCGCUAUCAGAAAUCCAACCACACAAAGACGACCUUCUUCAGGAACGGCAUUGAAAUGUUCACAUCCAGUUCCCUCAGUCCAACCGCGGAAAUGAAAUUAACCAUUCAGAAUGUGAGCGAGGCACACGAAGGCUUUUACAAAUGUGCGUCAGAGGACGGAACGCUGGAGAGCCCACAGAGCUGGUUGUCAGUAACAAGCGACUUCUUAUCUACGGAUGUGUCAGCCGCCUCCACCUCUAGCUCCUGGACGUGGCUCGCUGUUUCAUGCUUUCUUAUGAUCCUCAUCCCGCUUGCUAUCUUGCUAAUUCAUCACUUCAGAUACAAGAUGCUUUACACGCGCAGCUGCUGGACGGUUUCUGGCGAGGAGACUCCCGCCUCCGUCCUUCCCGCCACCAAACAGGACGUGACGGAGGUACAGUGGGAUCUUUCCUGGAUGGAAAUGUCCAACCUGCUCUAUCCGGGCAAAUGAAGUGAAGGACUUGGCAGCCAGAAGGCAACAAACUCGUUUUUUCCUGUUUUUCUUCUAACUGUCAGAUUGUUUUGGCAUUGAGUAUUUUUCCCAGUUCAAAUAAAGUUUGAGCUUUUAUCGGCAAUUGCAGUGGGUUAAUAUACAGUAUAGAUUAGUAUAGAGUUCAACAUUUAAAUCAGAUUUGCUGGAUGAGAAAUAUUUCAAACAUCCAGAAUAGAGGCCCUCGAGGACUGGAGUUUGACACUUCAGAUGUAGAUAGUGUAUAGUUGUUCAUUUCAGGCUCAUAGUAAAGGUUUGGUAGGGAUAUUGAAAAAGUCAUUGAAUGACAAAAUGUUGGUCUUUGGGUAUAAAAUGUUUUUGACAUACUUGAUCAUUUUGAGAUCUGUACCUUUAAAGUGACUGGCUGAAACCAGUUGGACUGCUUUGUCUUUUUUGGCAAAACUCUGAUUGCUUUCUUAAACCCGCCCACUAAUGAUCACUCAGAAACGGUGCGUGACGGAAAGUCACUCUGCCGAAGUCACUCUUGUAACAGGUACAAGACUUUUCUUUCAAAGCGUUCUGGCGAAGAAGCGUAAAAUCAGGAGAAAACUAUCAGGAACCAGGGGGAGUUGAUUUAUUUGGCUUUGGGACCAUUUGAGCCCCCCCACCCCACCCCA